AUGCUAACUGCACUUGGUCGCACUACCAUACUGCCAGUAACUCCCAAGAAAGUGUGUACGGUGAUGCGGGUUAUUCAGGAUUCUGAGGAUGAGCUUGAUGAGGAUGUUGAGAGCCCAGUUGGGUCACCUCCGACAAAAGACGCGUCUUUUGAGCCCACCAGCACUUCUCUAACGCCUUGCGAACCGGGCACAGUCUCUACAGGAUAUUUGAAUAGGACCAUAGAAGCAUCCAACCUUGCUCGCUUCCAGUCAGAGCCUAUGCUAUCGAUAGGAUCCGGAGAGCCUUUCAAGAAUGGUCCUGUUUCACCCAGGAUAGCACCGGAGCAUCGAAGUAAGAGAAGGAAGACUACGAUGAAUGCUUCUCCAAGCAAGUCGCUUGGUAGUGACUCAGAGAGGAAAAAGCCGUUAAAGCUGUAUGGCAGGUCGAAGUCUGCACUCAACAGCUCGUUUCACGAAAGAAGUCAAAAUUGGCACCCAUUAAACAACGUUGAGAUGCCUACCGAUGGGUCACUUCCUCUCAUAUCAAGUGCAGCAGAAGAAAGUCAAUUUUGUUUGGGGAAGGCUGUUGAAGUUUUAGAAUACCCGAGGAAUAACGCCGACCCGAACGGUACUCAGUGUGGGAUCGAAGGCACAAUUCGUGCGAACCACGAGGCACAUGAUCCGAUGACAUUGUUUCCUGAGACCUCAAGCACCAUUCCAAAUGCUACAUUCACUCAACAACGGCUGCUAGACGAAGUCAUAUCUCCAGCUUUCCUCGGACUUAACCCAGAAGUGGAUAUGAUUCCAUACGAACCUGGGAAGUCUUCUAUUCCGUGGUCGGACUAUUUGAAGACGCCCUUACUGACGCCAGGAGAGGGAGAUACAGAAGGGGAUUCCGACCCUGACCACACACAAAACCUUCCUCAGAGCAGUUUCCAGCCUCAUAACGAUCAUCAGCCUCAUUCUAGAGAUGCCGAUAUGAAAAAGGUCCCGCAAGGGCUCCAGUCAACAAACGCUUCUCUUUGUAGCAGGCGGAAUUCAUCUGUUCAAAUGAAGGCAAGUCCUUUGAGAAAUGCAAUUAUUCAAGAAACCAGGUCAUCUCAUGUAAUCUUCGACCACAACGCCAAUUGUGGGUCCCCGGCACCUUAUAUUGCGGUAGAGAGGGCAGCUCUCACCAACCCUUCCAAAGCAGAGCAGAACCCUGGCUGGAUGCCUAAGUCCAAGGAUGACCUUCUCACCGUUGGUCUUCCAGAAGAGAAAUACAAGGCUCGACCUACUCGGUCGAUAUCAUUAACACCCGGGAUAGAAGAGCCAAUUAACUACUCUAUUCUACCAGAAAAGGGGGCUAUGAAGGGGGCCAAGCGAAGUAAGACUUUCGGUGAAGUACACAUCCCUGCGGAUGAUUUAACCCCUCGACAAGUCCAGGAGAUUUGCGAGAUAGGGUUCACACCGUCAACAAUUGAAAUGGAUCUCAAGGAGAACGGGAGCGACGUCCAUCGAACCUUAGACAGGCUAGUCACGAAUGAAGAUGCUUAUGAUGAGGAUGAGUUAGCCCUUCCAAGGUCCUCAAAAGCCGUAGCCAGGGCGCAAAAGAGCAAUUCGAAGGCGAUGGAACGGGUUAUCGGGGCUGAACUUACCGUGGACGAAGUACUUCCUUUACAGAGAAGAGGUAGAAGAGUCUCCUUCAGUAUGACGGCACCUCUAGAACUAGAUCACGAUAAGGUUCCUAAAGAGGUUAUUACGGUCGAUGAAAUGUUCCACGAAAAUUCAGAUAUACUCGCUACUAGCAGUCUGAAGAUCACAACAUCUAACGCGAAAUCGACGAAGCCCAACAUGUCACGAAGCACUGACCUGCUACACGAUCAUCAAGGUCAGAAAGCCGAAUGCAGAAAGAUUGCUCCAGAUCAGCCUGGAUCCGCCCUUGAAGAGCAUAAGAAGCUUCUGUCUGAACCGGUGAAAGCGAAAAAACGAGGUCGCGGUCGCCCUCGGAAAGAAAAGGUUGUAUCAGAGGAAGCCAUUGGACAAGAGGAGAACGUGGAGGGGCCUCAGGAUGGGCUAAUCGAAAGGGACACAAAGAUUCCAUCUAAUAGGCCCGCUACAAGGGACCUUCCUAAAUUAGAUGAAGGCGAAGGACGGACAGAAACCAUGUCAAUGUCAAUCCCAAGGCUGCCUGCUUGUACCCCUUCGCCAAAGACAUCUACUCCUGCUCUGCCUGUACCUUCGCGAACUCCAGAACAGCAAUCGAAGCAAGCCAGCACCGCCCAUUCACCUCUCAGCAAAGGGAAGGUGCCCUAUCGGGUGGGCUUGAGCAGGCGAGUCAGGGUCGCACCACUGCUCAGGGUCGUGAAGAAAUGAUGGCUCCCAAAUGUGGAAGUGUUCGGGAACGUUUUGGUUCGGCUUCCUUGCCGCGUUGUUCAUGACACACUCUCCUAUGAUUCUAUGAGG